CUGCAUGGCAGGCGCUGUAACAAGCUGAAAUACAGCACUUUUCACUUUAUUUGAGAGCUCUAGAAAUGAGCUUUUGAGCUGAUGCUUUGGAGUGGUGGUGGUGGCCAAGACCAGAAUGGUGAAGAAACGUCUUUCCUCCAGAGACAAUGUGUUCAAGUUCGACAUUCCCAGCAACCUGAAGACCAGUCCUGAGGCCCCACACAGCUCCACUGACAGCCCAAGCUCCGUGUUUCUCAGCUCAGAGGCUGAGAAUGGUGUGGAAGACAGAAAGAGGGUCAGCAAGUCGCCAACAGCCCAAUCUCCUACCUCAUCUGUGGAGGCCGAGUCCCCGGACCAGAAGAGAAGCAUUGGCCUGUGGUCAAAAUCCAGUUUUGAUGGUUCCAAUCUGUUGAGUGAUAAGAAUGACUGCAAAACUGAAAACAAGACUGACUCUAAGACCGAAAGAAAAAAGUCUUCAUCCUCCAGCCAGUACAAGGCGAACAUGCACUUUCACAAGUUAUUCCUUGAUGUCCCAACUGAAGAGCCACUGAGGCAAAGCUUUACCUGUGCUCUCCAGAAAGAAAUUCUAUACCAAGGAAAGCUCUUUGUGUCGGAAAACUGGAUUUGUUUUCAUUCCAAGGUCUUUGGAAAAGACACUAAGAUCUCUAUCCCAGCUUUCUCGGUAACCUUGAUCAAGAAAACCAAAACUGCCCUCCUGGUGCCAAACGCCCUGAUCAUAGCAACAGUCACAGACAGGUACAUAUUCGUUUCCUUGUUGUCCAGAGACUCAACAUACAAACUGAUAAAAUCUGUGUGCGGACACCUAGAGAACACAAGUGUCGGUAACAGUCCCAAUCCAUUUUCUGCUGAAAAUAGUUACCGGGCAGAACGCCCUUCAUCUCUGCCUCUGGAUUUCAAUGAUGAAUUCUCAGACUUGGAUGGAGUGGUUCGACAACGAAGGCAAGACCUGGAAGGGUACAGCAGCUCCGGCUCCCAGACUCCAGAAUCUGAGAACUCUCGAGACUUCCAUGUGACUGAAUCUCAGACAGUUCUGAAUGUCACAAAGGGAGAAACAAAACCAUCUCGGACAGAUGCCCAUGUGAGCAGAGCACCUGAUGGAAAAGCCAAGAUCCUGCCUGCCCAUGGUCAAUCAGAAACUCUUGGGAUUUUACAUAAAAUGGAGUCUCGGAAGUGCCCGACUCUCCAUCAUAUCCUUAUAUUCUAUGCAAUUGUUGUCUGUGUGCUGAUCCUCUCCACCUUCUACAUGAGAUACAGGAUUAACACUCUGGAGGAGCGCCUGGGGUCCUUGACGUCCAUCAUGGAUCCCCACAGUACUGAGCAGGCAGUCCCAUCCGGCCUGGGAUCACAAGUACAGUUAAAUGUAGAAGUCCUCUGCCAAGAACUAACAGCUAACAUAGUGAAAUUAGAAAAGAUACAAAACAACUUACAGAAGCUGCUUGAGAAUGGUGAUUGAGUGACCAGCUGCUGGGGCCAACAUAAUACCUCACGUUCUCCCUUGAAGAAGGUGCUUCUCCAGAGUCUGUUGUGCGCCCCCUGCUGGCCAGAGGCGUAAGAUGCUGAGAAUCCAGAUUUGUUUGCACUUGGAGGUCUCCAGCUCAGGAAGUGGGGGGAAGGGGAAUGAGUUUGCUUUUGUGCAAUAAAAGUUGACCUUGUCUCUGCUGCUGCCUGAAGAUAACAGACCCAUCUCGGGAGGUGAGCAAGGUCCCGGAGGACACCUGUAGCGCUCGGGUUAUGGUAACGGUCAGUAAACACAGCACUCCAUGCUUUUUAGCCUUUUCUCAGCCUUCUUUUUGCUGUCUUUAUCCAUCCCAAUCAGCCUUCAGACCUAAGGGGUACACUGUAUACCAACAAACUCAAAAUGGUCCUUUAAAGAAUUAGCCACAAGCCUCCAACAAGGUGGUGAAUAUCUCCUAACGAACAGGCUUGCUUCAAACACCUGCAAUUCUGUGGGUUUGGUUGGUUUUUGUUCCCCCUUCUACUCUUAUGUUCUGAUUUCUUUCAUCUAUGCAUUUUAAUUUUCCAAUUCAGUUCCGUGAGCAUGUCCAGUAAAGUGAAUUAAAUGUCCCAUCUGCGUUGUGCUGUCUUGUUCCCAUGACUAGUACUUAAUUAGAGUGAUUCUCCCCAACCUCCUGUCAGGAAUCUUUGAGGUGUGACACUGAAAUACUAAAUCAGAUUCACUCUGAAACCAAAACUAAUCUUUCAGCCAAAAGUUGUCAUAGUAAUUUAAUAUGGGGUAGAAAGCCCCGUUUCUAGGACUGUAAGUGGAGUACAGUAGCAGCUUAGAAGCAGGAUGCCUGUGUUGGACUCUAAAGCUCAUUUCAGCAUGGUAAUUGGAUGUCUGUCUCCUACAAUAAAGCAAUAAGUGGUGGUCUGCUAACUUUACUUACAGUAUGGGGUUGGCCGGUUUUUAUUAAUAAUUAUUUAGGAUACCAUAAGAUCUGUAAGUAUAAAACAUUCUAUCUGCAAUGCAUUUUAUAAUCAUUUCUAUGAAAUGUAUUUUGUUUAAUCAGAUAAGCUAAUAAGCAGAUUGGUUAUGUCCUGUGUAUUUGUCAGGGUACUGGGUAACUGCCUGGUGCACCGGCUUUUAAUAAAUACUCAUUGCCUAAGGCACUCUAGUUAA